AUGUUACUCCUUUAUAUUGCCUUAUUCUUUCUGACACCGGCAACUUGUAGUUCACUGGACACUAUAGUUGUGUUUCAGAACUUUACAGAUGGUCAGAGUCAGACCAUUGUUUCAACAAAUGACAGAUUCGAGUUGGGUUUCUUUAGCCCAGGCACUUCGAUAAAUCGAUACUUGGGGAUAUGGUUUAAGUACACAUCACCUCAUAGAGUUAUAUGGGUUGCAAACCGGGAAACUCCACUUAUUAACACCAUGGGCAGGGUCAUAUUGGAUCGCCAAGGAGUCCUGUCUCUUGUUAACGGCAGUACGGUCAUUUGGUCAUCCAACUCCUCUGUAUCUAAGACAGAGGAUAAUUUCUUAGCACAACUCUUGGACACUGGAAAUUUGGUGAUAAAGAGUGGAAAUAAUGUUCUUUGGCAAAGUUUUGAUUAUCCUGGAGAUACCUUCAUAUCAGGAAUGAAGUUGGGCAAGGACCUCGUAACAGGACAAGAAAUGUACAUGACAUCAUGGAGAAGUGCCGAUGAUCCUUCCCCAGGUGAGUAUACAGUCACGUAUACAAUGGUUAAGGGUAAAUAUGAGCAAGUAUACAUUAGGAAAAAUUCUGUUAUUCAAUCAAGAGUCGGGCCAUAUAAUGGCGUUGAAUUUGCUGGCCAGCCAAACUAUAAACCCAACCCAGUUUAUGUAUACAAAAUUGAUAUGCUUAUAAAUGACAGAGAGAUGUACUUUACGUAUACAUAUAAUAGCACCACAUUCGCAGUAACAUUCACAGUGACUCCUACUGGGAAGCUUGAGGUGUGGCAUUUAAAUAUGCGCAACCAAGUAUGGAUGAAGGACCUCACCUUACCCAUAGAUAAUUGUGACAACUACGGACUCUGUGGGCCAUAUGGAAGCUGUAGUACUCUAGCUUAUCCUAACUGCGGGUGCUUGAAAGGAUUCGUAUUUAAGAACCCAGAAGACUUGUCUCCUGAUAAUUGGACUAGUGGUUGUCGUCGAAAUGUGGCUUUGAAUUGUGCUCCAGGAGAAGGAUUUUAUAAGUUUUCGAGCAUGAAAUUGCCAGACACAGUAAAUGCUGUGUAUAAUGGCAACUUGAGCCUUGAGGAAUGUAAGGUGGCUUGCAAGAAUAAUUGCUCAUGCAACGCCUAUGCCAAUCCAAACACCAAUCUAAAUGGAGUUGGAUGCUUGCUAUGGUUUGGAGAUUUGAUUGAUACCCGAGUGUACCCACAGAACGGGCAGGAUCUUUAUGUUAGACUGGCAGCUUCCGAAUUAUUAGAUGUCCAUUUUAGCAUCCACAAAAGGAAACGAGUGGUUGUUGCUUCGUCAAUAUCAGCUGGGUUGGCAAUGUUGGGCGUUAUAUCGGCACUCUACAUUUGGAGUAAGAGGAAGUGGAGAUCAGAUGCAGUAAGAGAAGGUAGAUCAGUCAAAAUAUUAGACAAAGAUCACAACAGUAGCAGUAAGAAUGGAAGUAUAGAGUUAGCGGUGUUUAGCUUAUCAAGAAUUUCGAAAGCAACCGAUAACUUUUCUAUUGCCAACCAGCUUGGAGAAGGCGGGUUUGGUCCAGUCUACAAGGGUGUGCUAGAAGGAGGACUAGAGAUUGCUGUGAAGCGGCUCUCAAAGUAUUCUCGACAAGGACUUGACGAAUUUGAAAAUGAAGUGAUAUGCAUUGCUAAACUCCAGCAUCGGAAUCUUGUGAAGCUGUUAGGAUACUGCAUCCAACGCGAUGAAACAAUGUUGGUUUAUGAAUACAUGCAUAACAAAAGCCUGGACUGGUUUAUAUUUGAUGACUCAAGGAAGUCGUUACUUGAUUGGCCACAACGCUUCCACAUUAUCAAUGGCAUUGCACGAGGACUUCUUUAUCUACAUCAAGAUUCGCGACUUAGAGUGGUCCAUAGAGAUCUAAAAGCAGGAAAUAUUUUGCUGGAUCAUGACAUGAACCCAAAAAUAUCAGAUUUUGGUUUGGCAAGAAUGUUUAAAGGACACGAGAGUGAAGCAAACACCAAGAAAGUGGUGGGAACGUUGGGCUACAUAUCUCCGGAGUAUGCAGUAAAUGGCCUUUUUUCGGUAAAGUCAGAUAUAUUUAGCUUUGGGGUUUUGGUGUUGGAAAUUGUGAGUGGGAAAAAAAAUACAGGUUUUGCCCAUGAAGACCACCAUGAUAACCUUCUUGGAUAUGCAUGGAGACUUUACAAAGAAGGCAAGUCUCUUGAUCUAAUUGACACAUCUUUAGGUAAAGCAUACUCGGUUUCUGAAGUGUUGCGAUCAGUACACAUUGGUCUAUUAUGUGUACAACAACGAGCACAAGAUAGACCUACCACGCCAUCAGUGGUUUCCAUGUUGGGUGGUGAAGGUUCACUACCUUCACCUAAACAGCCCGGAUUCUUUAUUCAAGGAAGUGAGAAGGGAUCAACCUCAAUUAUUCCUUUGCCCUCAUCUGUCAAUGUAGUAACAUUAACUCAAGUAGAAGCUAGAUGA